AUGGCCGGCGUGGAGAGCGACGACGUCGCGGCUGCCUUGGAUCACAUCGUCACCCAGUUCAACACCUACGAGGACUAUCUGGACUCCCAGAUCACCACCCAGGACCUCUUCUACCUGGAGAAUGAAGAAAUGGCCCGCCAGCUGGUGGAGCUAGGCUUUCGGGGAAGUGGAGAGGUGCUGAAAAGGGAAGACUUUGAAGCGAGGAAAGCAGCUGCUGAGGCUUCAAGGCUCUCCGAAAGACACCAGAAAAAGAUCUUGUCAAGUGCAGGAAAAGAGUUGAAAGACAACUUUCUAAAGGCACUGGCAGAGAGAGAAGAAGCCAACCGUAGUGGGAAGAUGUCUUCAAUAAUCUUCAUUCGGGAUCAAAAUGCCCGUGGUCAGGAGGUAUCUGCAUAUAUUGACUAUGCACACCGGCUGAAAGUGGAUGAAUUUGAAGUCUAUUUCAGUGGGAAGAAGAAGCUUUUCCCCAGGCGCACAGAUCUGAGUUUCUACAACUGGGAUAGAAACACCUGCUGUCUCAAUGGAAGUCCAAACUAUCAAGUGAUUGCAGAAAAUUUAUGCGGCUUACUUUUAAAAAACAAAUCUGACAGGAAGAUCAUUAAUGUGGACCCCAAGGCUUAUCCAGGUGACAACACGACACGGACACCAAUCAAAACAGACCUCUACCUGCAAGUGGUUAUCUAUGACCAUGUCCUGAGAAGAAAACUCUGAUCCAGUAAGCAUGGUGUCUGUGUAGUCCAACACAUCUGGAGGAUACCAGUUUGCAGGAAGCUAACUUAACCAUUGAGCUAGAAGACAACACCAAGCUUCUCACGCAUACAUACUUCCCUUGUUUCCCCUUGCUAAAGGGUCUCACACCUCAGCCAGAAGCUCAGGAAACUGUUUUUUGCAUCUCAAAGGGAGCAAUUCCCCUUGUCUCUUUGCAAAUCUCUAAUUAAAAGUACCCACCUAGAAAAGAUGUGUCUCUUCCUGCAGGUGAGAAACAGAGGAUGCCAUGGGCCAGGUGCUCACGGGGUGGGCUGAGAGAAAGCAGCUUGGGAAUUAGCAAAGAGCCAAAGAAAUCAUAUAAAGGAACCCCUCCAGGGGAAGGACUAUUGUCAAUAAACCCAUAAAGUGGGCACCCAAAGGAAGGGUUGGGAUACCUGACAAUAAGUAGUUGCUUCAAAGUAGUUUCUUUACUGCAUAAGAGGCAUGAAGGGCACACCUCUGAUAACAAAGAGAUCCAGGCCACUUGGGAGGAGCCCUCUACAUCCACAGCUCCUUCUCACAGCAGGAUUUCUUCAGGGGCAAAGGAAGGAACCAACAAAAGAUUUUCAUGUAACCAGGAGCAUUCAUACAAGAAAAAUCCAUACAUUGCUUGGAUGAUGUGUGUGUUCAGGGAGCGAGUCAGUUCACAGAUGCUUCAAGACUUAUGUCCUUAGCUCAGCCUAUAUGCCACAUGUUGUUGCCACAUGGUAAACCCACUCAGGUUCAACAGCUCAUUACAAAAAAUCCAUAAUUUACCUAGGCAGCCUCCCACAAGACUUCUGUUGACACAGAAAGGAGAAGGGGAUAAAAAGUCCAGUCUCAGAUAUAGGCUGAUUAGGGCCACUUUAUUUAACCAAUUUAACAUUCAUAUAAAACAACUUGAAUGUGUAAAACACAAAGGGGAAGUGAUCUGGCAUAUGUUAAACUGAGGGAUUCUAUCUUCCUUCACCAGCCCCCUUAGGGAAAUUACCUGAGCCACAGGAGCAUCCAAUAGCUGGGUUGCCUCCUGGCCAGCUGUCAUAAAAAGUCAACUGGAGGCACUCCCCUUCCCAAAUCCUGUGACUUAAAGUGAGGGGUACUCCCAGCCUGAAGAGUGACGUAAAAACAGCACUGAAAACAAUUGGGAAGAAUAAAUCACCAAUAGAUGACA